AUGAAUAAGGUAACAACAAAGGCUAUAUCCUGGAAUGAAUCAAUAAGUGAGACAAAUCACUCCAUAGUGACAGAGUUCAUUUUUCUAGGACUCUCCAAUUCUCAAGAAAUCCAGAUCUUUCUAUUUAUAUUCUUUUUUAUAUUCUAUAUAGGAAUUGUGCUUGGUAACCUACUUAUUGUCAUAACUGUGACUUUUGAUUCUCAUCUUCAUUCCCCCAUGUACUUCUUUCUGGCCAACCUCUCACUCAUCGAUUUGUGUCUGUCUUCAGUCACAGCUCCCAAGAUGAUUGCUGACUUUUUUCAUAAACGUAAAGUCAUAUCUUUCAAGGGCUGCCUUUCUCAGAUAUUUCUCCUUCACUUCUUUGGUGGAAGUGAGUUAGUAAUCCUCAUAGCCAUGGCUUUUGACAGAUAUGUAGCCAUCUGUAAACCUCUUCAUUAUACUACAAUUAUGCGAGGCAAUGUAUGUAUUGGCAUUGUGACUGCUGCUUGGGGAACUGGUUUUCUCCACUCGGUAAGCCAGUUGGCCUUUGCAGUGAAUUUACCCUUUUGCGGUCCCAAUGAAGUUGACAGCUUUUACUGUGACCUUCCUAGGGUCAUCAAGCUUGCCUGUACAGACACUUACAGGCUGGAUAUUAUGGUCAUUGCUAACAGUGGCAUACUCACUGUAUGUUCUUUUGCUCUCCUCAUUAUCUCCUACACUAUUAUCCUAAUGACCAUUCUACAUCGCCCUUCAGACAGAUCAUCUAAAGCUUUGUCUACUUUAACAGCUCACAUCACAGUAGUUCUUCUAUUCUUUGGACCAUGUAUCUUUAUUUAUGCCUGGCCAUUCCCUAUCAAGUCAUUAGAUAAAUUUCUUGCUGUGUUCUAUUCCGUGGUCACUCCUCUCUUGAACCCUAUUAUAUACACCCUCAGGAACAAGGACAUGAAAACUGCAAUGAGACGACUCAUAAAAAGGGAAGCAAAUUCUAGGGUAAAAACUUAG